AUGGGGUCCCCUCUCGGGCCCUUAUUAGCAAACGUCUUCAUGUCAUCCAUCGAAGAUACCCUUGAGCGACAAAGAAAACUUCCAUCCUAUUAUCGUCGAUAUGUUGAUGAUACACUCACUGUAAUGCCUGAUCUAGCAACAGCAACUACCUUCUUGCAUACCCUCAACAGCGCCCACACUUCGGUCAAAUUCACCAUGGAGGUGGAGAAGAACAGCAAGCUUCCUUUCCUUGGCACCGAACUACUCAACCAUGCACCUCGGAUUGAAACCAAGGUAUAUGUGAAACCAACAAACACGGGCCUACUAUUACACUACCAAAGCCAUGUAGACAAUCGCUACAAACGGAGCUUGCUGAAAACUAUGCUGGAUCGCGCACACCGAUUAUCUUCCUCCUGGGCCCAUUUCUCUGAUGAGUGUGAUCGCCUAAAGAAAGUUUUCGCACGGCUUAAAUACCCGGGGCGCCUGGUAAAUUCUACCAUUAACACCUUCUUACAAUCAAGAAUUGUUGGUACGCAGCCCACACAGACGCCCAAAGAACCAAUAUCCAUUGUUCGUGUGGUCAUACCUUUCAAAGAUCAAGAAUCAGCAAAUUAUGUUAAGAAAGAGCUCAAGAAUCUUAGCAUGAAGGUGCAGACAACUGUCCAGCCAGUAUUUGUUAGCCGCAAAGUAAGCCAAGAUCUUAAAGUACGAGAAAUCAAGCCACAGAUUGUCAACCAACAACGCGUCGUUUAUCAAUUUCAAUGUGACCUGUGUGAUGCGGGUUAUGUGGGCUAUACACGCGGACACUUACACACACGCGUGGAUGGACAUAAACGAAAGGCAUCUUCAAUAUAUAAACACUACCACGAACAGCACAGCGAAGUCCCGAAAGACCUACUGAAACGUUUUAGCAUUCUGAAAAAGUGUAGUAACAAGUUCGAUUGUUUGGUGAACGAAAUGCUUUUCAUCAGAGACUUAAAACCCACUCUGAACGUGCAAAGCGAUUCAAUUCGCGCAAAAGUAUUUGUUUAA